GCAGCCAUGGCGAGACCAUGCCGCGUCACUGCUCCGCCGCCGGCUGCUGCACACGGGACACGCGCGAGACGCGCAACCGCGGCAUCUCCUUCCACAGACUUCCCAAAAAAGACAACCCGAGACGCGGCUUGUGGCUGGCCAACUGUCAGCGGCUGGACCCCAGCGGCCAGGGACUGUGGGACCCGGCCUCGGAGUACAUCUACUUCUGCUCCAAACACUUCGAGGAGAACUGCUUUGAGCUGGUGGGAAUCAGUGGGUAUCACAGGCUGAAGGAAGGGGCAGUUCCAACCAUAUUUGAGUCUUUCUCCAAAUUGCACCGGACAACCAAGAUCAAGGGACAUGAUUACCCAUCUGGCCCACUGGACCUCAGCCGGAGAUGUAAGAAACGCUGCUCUCAAGGCCGAGGGCCCACAACUCCAUUUUCUCUACCACCUCCUGUUGACGUCACCUGCUUUCCUGUGGAAGAGGCCUCAGCACCUGCCACUUUGCCUGCAUCCCCUGCCGGGAGGCUGGAGCCUAGCCUUAGCAACUCCUACUCAGACCUUCUGAGUCCUCUAGGUGCCCAGGCAGAUGAAGCGGGCUGUAGUGCCCAGCCCUCACCAGAGCGGCAGCCCUCCUCUCUGGAGCCACGGCCUGUCUCCCCAUCUGCCUACAUGUUACGUCUGCCACCACCUGCUGGAGCCUACAUCCAGAAUGAACACAGCUACCAGGUGGGGAGUGCCCUGCUCUGGAAGAGGCGGGCCGAAGCUGCCCUUGAUGCUCUGGACAAGGCCCAGCGCCAGCUGCAGGCUUGCAAGCGGCGAGAGCAGCGGCUGCGGUUGCGGCUGACCAAGCUGCAGCAGGAACGUGCAAGGGAGAAGCGGGCCCAGGCAGAUGCCCGUCAGACACUGAAAGAGCAUGUGCAGGACUUUGCCAUGCAGUUGAGCAGUAGCAUGGCCUGAGAGGAAGACCACCCAACAAGGCUCUGGCCCCUUCCUCAGAAUCUACCUGGCGAGGAACCUGCACCCACCAGACUGCCAGAUGUCAUAAUAAAGUGGAUUCAAGAGAAGCCUUGCUUUUUGCCUGGUUCAGCUUGGGAUGCUUCAUAGACUUAAUCUCCAGACAGUGUCCAAGGCCCCAAAUGGGCUCAGACGCUGGUAUCUCAGCUCUUGGCUACAGGGAUCUGAAAGCCUGUCUGAGCCCCUACCUGUGCAUCUAUUCCAUUCUCCUCAGGAGUCUGUGAAGACACAGGAUGGUAUGAGCUGGGGACAGACUUGACACCUGGGUCCAUUCAUAAAAGCCAGUUUAGCCACUGUA